CCGACCUUACCUUAGGUAGCCUAUCCUAUCAACUAAAGAACAUCAAUUUUUGCUUCUUCUCUGGUUAUAACUUACAUUAAUACUAAUAUAUACUCUCUAACCUCCUACAUAUAACCAUAUAUACACUUUAUACCUACCUAACUACUUUAUUCACCCGCCAUAAAUGCCCAACGAACCGUCACCUCAAAUAUCCAUCACAUCUGGAGUCGAUCAGUUCGAGAUUAGGAAACACGUUGAAGAGAAAGAGAGGGGACCUUUCUAUACAUCUUAUACAUCUUUACCGUACCAGAGAGUCAACACAUAGGUACUACAUUACUACACAGUAAGGUAGUCAGUCAGACAAUAUGGUACUCUGCAAUUUACACAUAGUCUCCCUUAAGCACGGCAUCUCGCACCGUUCAUUCCUCGGCAAGCUCCGACGGAAUGGCGUUAACCCCGUCAUUCAGGCGCGGGUCGUGCGGUGGAUGAUCCUGCCUUCGCAGAUGUCUUCGGGGCAUCUCUUAGGCAGGAACAUCAGCUGGGACCUCCUUCUGAUCCUCGAGGGCAAGACCUCUUUCCCACAGGAGACCCAUCCGGACAUCGAGGCCGUCUGGAGCGCCAUGUGCGUUGUCUCGGACAAAUCGCUGUCGGGCUACGCAGCUACCAACACGGAGCUCAUGCACCCACCACUCGGAACGGUGAUCCCACCGGAGCUCCACGCCGACGAGCCGUCCAUGCCGUCGUCCUCGUCCUCGUCGUCUUUUUCGUCGUCGAGCCCGCCCCAAAACCUCGAAGUGAGCCUCGAGCUGAGCGGCUGGAUCGCCUCGCUGCCCCGCCCCUUACGCGAGCACCCUAUCUCCAUGCUAAACCUGCUCGCCUUCCGCCCGGGAAAGAAGGACCAGUACAAGCAGUACCACAAGGCGUUCGCGUCCGAGGUCGGCGCCCGACACGGCGGACGCGUCAAGCUUGUCGGGAGGGUCACGGGCGGACAAGCCCAAGGGGACGGGUGGGACGAGAUCUCCUUCGUGCACUACCCUUCCAUCCAACAUUUCGCUGCCAUGACUUCCAGCAGAAACUACCAAAAGGUCAACCACGAAUACCGCCUCGGCGCGCUCAAGGACACGUUCACUCUGUGCGUGGUCGAGGUGGACGAUAACGGGGAUCUUAUCAAUCCCGGCCCCGUCAAGGAGAAGCUAUAAUGGACGAACAGAGGAGGGUUUGGACUACAACGAAUAAACAUUAAACAACAUCAAAAAUCAAACACACACACACAAUAUAGGGUUUCACGAAAAGGAUACCUAAUGAAUGAGCAUCGAUCGAUAUUUGCAUGAGCAUUAAUGCGGUGGGGAUGAGAGAGAGUCGUCCGUUAGGAAGAAAGUCGACAUUAUUUACAAACGAUAACCACGACCAUAACAACAACAACAACUACAACUACAACGAAGAGGACGAAGACGAAGAUAAAGAUGACAGCGGAUGGGGUUGAAAUGACUGGAUACCUAGGUAUGUUGUAUGUGGGUGGGUAGGUUAGGCAUGAUCUCUUGUUUAUUUUAGACUCUAGAGCAUAUCAUAUCACACCCAUAUCAUGCAUCUUUUUGUUUUCCUACGAUACCUACUACCUACUAUCUACCUACAUAUUGCCUAGUACCUAAUAUCAAGAAUUUAAAAAUAAACAAAAUUGAGAAAAAAUAUUAAGAAGAAUGUAUUUAGCUAGAACAUGUACCUAGAUAUUCUCGUGUGCCUACCUACCUUAGAUAGAAUUACAUGGGUAGAAAGAUUAGCAUGAGAGAGAGAAGGGACUGCUACAUAAUAGCUAAUGCCUCAUCAACCGCAACUCACAUAACAAAGAUAAAUGACAAUUACAAUAGCAUACACUAUUACUAUGUAGUGUAUAACCUACUAAAACUACCGAAGCAAUAUUACACAUAGAAAGAU